AUGGCCAAGGCUGAAAGACUUGAAGAUGCCUGCGACGUGCGGGAGAUGAGGUUGACGGCCGAUGAGAUGAAGUAUUUGGAGGAACCUGUUUCCAGCCAUGCCAUUCCCAAGUCAUGGCUGCCGCACCUGCAAGCUGCGGCGCGUGAAGUCGGUCGCCAAAAGCGUCCUCGAGGACCUAAUGUGCGUGCUCGCAUUGUCUCCCGCACGAGGGAUGGACAGCGGAGUUCCAACCCACAUCAAAAGACGGACGGCCGGCCCGGAUCCUCGGAGACACUGGUCCAGCAUCCCGAGCCACGGAACAGCGUGUCACUAACUCUGAGUACUCCCAUAGAAGAACAAGCCUUGAACUACUACUACCACAACUAUCUGGAGAUGGAGCACCUUUUACCUGAUCUUGCGGAUAGCCAUCUGAAAUAUGUCGCGGCCGGUCGCUGCUUCGCCGAACCUCACUCUAUCCUCAGUCUUGCGAUAUUCGCAGUAUCGCACAUUACGUUUGGACGCGCACGGAAAUGCCAGACAUCCUUGACUGCAGGAACCAAACAUUACUCAAAAGCCCUUGUGAAAACGAAUCUCGCGUUACAAAAUGCAAGUCAUGUGACAGAUGACGAGGUCCUCCAGGCUAUAAUGCUUUUAAGCUUUUAUGAGAACUCUGUAGUGGACAAAGGUUCAAUACCUGAUUCCAGUCAAGCCAUCCAAACGUGGACCUCUCGUAACUUCGCUCACCAUGACGGAGCAUUAGCCGUGCUCAAGCUGCGUCGGCAAGCCCCUCAGCGGACCAAUCAUGCGCUUGUUCUGGAUAAAUUGGUCCGACGACAACUCAUGAGAUCAUUACUCUUACGGAGCAGCCCUUUGCCACCCUGGCUCGAAGAUGGAUUCGAGUAUGGAGAACGCGGCUUUGCGCUCGAGCUUGACACUUGCCUGGUGGAAGUCGCGAAGAUACGGCACCGAGCAAAAGUCUUAUUGGCUGAUUCAGCAAGCAAUCCAUCAUCAUCAUCGUCAUCAUCAGAGGGAGAAUGCGGCCAAGAGGCCGCGCUUCAUAUUCUUUUGGAAGAAGCUUUCGCGGUGGAUACGAAGUUGCUUCGCUGGACAGAUAAUACACCUCUUGAAAACUGGUAUACCACCCAUACAGUUAAGAACUACGGGGGCGCGGAGAUCCACAGCAGGGUUUUUAGCCGCACUGUCCACGUAUACCCUACGGUUGGGCAUGCCGGCAUGUGGAAUCGCUAUCGCGCACUCCGCCUUGCCGUCAGCGAUAUCGUGCUUCAGACGUUGUCCGUCCCAGACGGGUUAACGGGUCCAGACGACACAACCGAAGCUCUGUUAGAUGCUGUGACGUUGACGAUCGAACAGCUCUCAAAUGAUAUCUGUGCCAGCGUCCCAUACAUGUUAGGACCCUCCCGCUUCAUCCAAGAGAACUGUAAAAGCUACUACAGCAGGGAUUCUUUGUUGGCCGCUAGCAACAGCGGCAAUGAUGUCCGGGAUGCCUGA